CCUUGCUUCUGCCUCAAGAGGGGUGGGGGCACAGAGGAAGGGUUAAAGCAACCAGUGGAAGACGGGGUGUAGGGCUGGGCUCAGUUAAGAGAGGAAGGGGGGUGGCCAUAUAAAAACUGACAGAACACAAGUGGUGCUUUAUCCACCCUGUACCACUCUGAGUAAGAGGAAACUCCUGAACUGCUGUGGCUCAACCAGCUUUGCCCUCCUCUUUCUCUGUUUCCCUCCUUUUUCUCAAACACACGCACGGUGGACGUGUGCACGCCGAGGACCACAAUGGCAGCAUCAACGCAACCAGCAGAGAGGCCCCUCAAAAUGCUGGCUUUGGCUUUGCUUCUCAUUGUGCCACUUUUGAACAGUGAAGUAAUGGCACAAGAUCAAAUUCUUGAAGAACCAGCGAUACUGUUUGAAAGAGGAGACGAUAUUCCUGACCCUGGUUCUCCACAAGUACAAACCCAGGUUCUGCCUACUUUGCAACCCCGAACUUCUGAACGCACAACGACUCCUCUGACCACAGAGAAAGGAGGGAAUCACAACGGCAAUGACCUCACAACCCGGAAGGAAGCAACAACUGAGGGAACUAAACCCCCAGAGAGGACAACAGCUAAACCAGGGACUCCAGCCCCUCACAGAGGAGAUGGUCCCAAUGACACACCAAAGCCAAAGGGUGAACUUGCCUGUGUCUUUAAAGAGGCCUCCUUGGAAGGAAAAAAUGCCGUCCAUCUCAAACUCAAAACCCCCUCCCUCUGUUUACAAACUCUAUCAAAUAUUUGGAGUGUUUUGGAUGAUUUGUGUGAAGAACACUGCAGGCUGGAGAUCUACCAAGCACCUGGCACAAAUGAGGCCUUAGUCUCUGGGAAGACUAUUGAAGAUGAUGUUAUUGGCAUGACCAACAAGUUCAACAAUGACAACAUCAAGGAUAAGGCUAACAUUGAAAAAGCAACAUAUCGCUGGGGGAAGAACUCCAAGUUGGUGCUAGUUUCCUUACUGCUGGCUGGACUGCUGCUGGCUGCCCUGCUGGUAGCUGGUUAUUACCUCAAGAUGCAUCGCAAGACUUCUAAAGGUGUCAGACUGGCCGAGUCUUUCCAGGUGGACGAGGAGAAUCAGACCAACACUCUGGUGUCUGUGGCUCCUCUGCCUCAAGAGCCCGUCGAUAAGCCGACUGCAAAUGGGGAGUCCCCACCAGAAAACGGAAACAACCCUCCACCCACCACCAAUGGACACUCCGGUAACCAGACCCAAGUGGCUGACACUGAGAUGUGAUCCCCCACACUUCUACCAGUCCUUCUUUUGUCUUCAGCUUUCACCGCUCUGUAGGAUGAGAAGAACAACAAUAAGUGCCUGUAAUGUGAAAAGUUUGGGAACACUCGCCUUUCUUGGUGUCAGGAAGUGGCUGCUUAGGUUGACUGUCUAGGAUUUGAUCAGUUCGGACUUUUCUCUUAAUGUGACAAUGUUUGUGAAACCUCCCAAUAAUGGUCUUUGUGUGUUGUUGAUUCCUGAUGGUGCACAAGUUGCUCUAUUACUUAAUCUGACAACAGUGAACUAGUGAAGCCAUACAAAUGAACAGGUUUUGUGCUGCGGGACAAAUGCUAACGGUGUCUUUUUUUCCAAAUUGCAACACAGCGAAAAAAAAAAGGAAAAGAAUCAAGUUCUUACUUUUACUGCUGGCAUUAUUUUAUAGGAAUUUAAUUUUACGGCAGCAAUUCGUAUUUUCAAAAAUGAGCUGGAGAAUGAUCUUUGGUUUGAGGGAUAAAUAUUGGUAUCAAGCUGUUCAAAAAAUGAAAAAGUCCUUAAAUGUUAAGCUUUUUUUCCCCUGAAGUUUAUUUGGGGCAGACUUUAAAGUACAUUUUAUUACCCAGUCUUGAUUACUGUUUUGUUUGUAUGUUUUUUUUUGUUUUUUUUUUUGUCUUUUGUAAUAAAAACAUGCCAACUCCUAUCCUUUAUUCACCACUGCUUCUGUUUAAACAUGAACAUCAAGCUGUUCAAAUGCCUUAAAAUAAAAAGGAGGUUUUGAGUUGUGAAAGAAGGAAAAUGAUAUCUCCCACCAAAUUCCUGGGUAGCAGAUAGAAGGCUCAGCAUUCCCAUGACUGCCAGAUUCUCUUUGUUGAUGUUUAAACCAAAUAAAUCCAGUGAUUCUUUUUUUUCUUACUUGUUCCUCUUGUAGUUUUUUUGUAAAUAUGUUUGGAAUCCUCAUUUAUAAACCAUUGAUAUUA